CCUACUUGUUCAUUUAUUACUUGAACAGCGCUCUUGACUGUUAUGGCGUUUGUGUCGCAAUACACAACGCAUAAUCGCGUCUUCACCGUUUAAAUCUUUGUUAAAUUCUAUUCAACUUAAUCAAAUUGGUACAAAAAUCAAGAAAGCAAUGGGGAGCCGUUUUGGCUAGGUUUCAAAGUCUCGACUGUGCAAAUAAAGCGUUUUAGGUUAUGUUUCCAUCUUUCAUAGGAAUUUUAGAUAUUCAAUCAUGGUGGGAAGUGCCCAGCAUCGCGUACUUUUGUUCCUUGUUCAGGACAGCAUUCAAUCUGCUAGAUUUUGAUAUAGAGGAACUUGAGGAGGCCCUGCUCACUGAUGGUACUGAGGAGUCAGCCAGCUCCCUUCUGACAGAGCUCAUAGUUCGCCUUCUAAAUGGCUGUUUGGGCAACAAUGAUAUCUCGGCGUUCAAUUAUCAGAUGUACCUGAGGCGACUCUUCAGGCAAAAAUGUCAGGAGACCGGAAGAUACAACCCCUUCAAUACUGACAUUGACUUUCAGUUCUUGCCACUCCGGACCAAAGUUGAGAUCCUCUAUGCUUUGUGCGACUUUCGCCUGGACGGGGAGGAUGUCUUUGACUUGUUCAAGAACCUUGAAGCUGAAAGCCUGAGGGUUGAGCCUCUGGGAUGGGAUGACAACGACUCCGCCUACUGGUACUUCUACGGCACGAGGUUAUACAGGGAGGACAUCAUAAAGAAACCGAAGGGCAAGAGCAAGAAAAAGAAAGGCAAAGACGGCAAAAAACGCGGGUGGUUCUACGGGGAUGACUGGCUGGAUGAUGAGGACUCGGAGCGGGUGUGGCAAGUGGUUUGCUUCACCGAGGAGGACUGGACCCACCUGACGGAGAAGUUCAGCAAGGCAUCCAGCAAGGUGGAGAAAGAGCUCUUCCGGUCCUUGUCACAGAACUUCUUGCCGGAAAUACCAAGGCUCUUCCUAGAGAAGGAACGCUUGCAACGAAAAAGGUUGCUGGAGCUGGCCCCGCGGCGUACGUCCAGCCGAGUGCUGCAGAAGAUCAAGGAGAAGGAGGAAGAUAGCAAGACGGGAGACGACUCCAAGAGCCAAGACGACAGCCAGGAAGCAAGGAAGGACCAGGCACGCGAGAACAGGGCUAAGAGACGCAACUUGAUCAGAUCAAAAUCCGAGUCGUCCGAUUCGUCAGACAGCUCUGCGAGCGAAAAAGAGAUGCCUCGCAAAGUGGUAAAGGUGGAAAAGGGGGCGAGCAGUAAGCGGUCAAAAAACUCCUCCGCUACCAACAAAGGCGAACCUCCCCCAGAACCACCCGCCAAGCCCGGCAGAAAGACUAACAACUCGCUAGCCAGUGCCACCGGGCAGAUCCUCAUACCUGACACUGAAGAACCCACUAACAGCACGAGGAAGAAACUCAAAACCUCGCAGAUUUUCAGCCAGACGGAAGAGGACAUCCAAACAGACAUGUACAAGGUUCUAGAACAGUUGUCGAACCACGAGGAUGCCUGGCCCUUCAUGGACCCCGUCGAAGAAGAGUAUGCUCCCAACUAUUAUGCGGUGAUACGGAGGCCCAUGGAUCUCCACAAGAUGGAGGAAAGACUGGACUCGGGGUUCUACACUGACUUCUCCAUGUUCAAAGCGGACUUCAAGCUGAUUGUUAACAACUGCCGGCUUUACAAUGGGCAGGAUAAUGAGUACACAAUAAUGGUGGACAACCUGCAAGCGGCGUUCGACCGUCUCACCGAGAAGUACAUUCACCGCGUGUCGUCGUCGGACGAGGAGAUCGCCGUCGAGUUCCAGCUGCCGACGCCUCCGAGGAAGCACAAGCUGAAGAAUACCGAUGCGGAGCCCAGCCAUAAGAGGAAGAAGCGGAAAUCACACUCGGAUGCCGACACCACGUCAGCGACGGAAGCGAAGUCAAGCUCGGAACUGGCACCAGAGGAGGAGCCCCUGCCCUCCGCUUCAACGGAGAAGGAAUCUCGACGCAAGUCCAAGGAAGGCAAGACGAAGAAGAAGCGUAAGGGCCACCACCGCCACGGGAAGCACUCACGUGAACAUAAAAAGGACAAAUCACCCCGGGGCAAGGGCUCCAAGCAUUCCCGAAGACACGGCAAGGAUAAGAAGUCCAAGAAGAAAAGGCGGCAUGAUGAAAAGCCGCCCGUAGAGAAAGAACCCGACCCGCCGUCCAUAGAGAGCUCCCCCCGUGGCCGCAGCGCCAGCCCCCUCCCCUCCAUACACACGCACUCGCCUACCCCCUCCCCCUCCCCCUCCCCGUCCCCCACACCCGUCCCCGACCUCGACCCAGACUUCUUCAAGGACAAAUACGACAAGAUAAAGGAACGCCGCCGCACCGCAGCUAAAGACGCCUUCGACACGCUCUGCGAUGCCAAGGCUAAAGACAAACACAAGAAUCUCCCGGCCGAGAAGGAAAAGAACCAGAAACUGCGAGAAACCAUCGAGAAGCUGAAGGCUAAGAAUGAGAAGUACAAGUCCACGUCGCCGUUCAAAGGCUUGUUUACUCCGGAAAAGGGGAAGGCGAAGAAGGAUGGAGAUACAAAGGAGAAAGAUAAGGAGAAGGAGAAAGAAAAGGAAAAAGAUAAGGAGAAAGAGCGUGAGAAAGAAAGCAAGGAGGAGCGAGAUGAUCCCGACUUUACAGACGACGAAGAAGAUGAGAAAAAGUCCAGCAAACCGUGCAAGAAGGUCAACAAGAAACAAGCCUCCGCUAAGAACGAGUCGGCCACUGAAGCGCUAGAACAAGCUGUGAAGGAUAUCAGCAAGUGGCUGGACGACCCCCCGCUGGGCGCCCCCCGCGCCGCGUCCCCCGCCUCGCCCCCGGCGACCCCCGACGACGACCCCACAGAUAACCGCUCCUUGCUCUCACGUAGGGAACUCAACAGGAAACGACCCUCGUCUAGGGAACCCAAACUGCUGAAGCGCAGCCAAAUACAACGCACCAUCGACCGCCUCCAGCCCGGGAAGAGCAAAGGCAAUCUGAUCACCAACAACAAGAAUGUCGAGAGGGAGAAAGUAGAGGAGGAUGUGCCAGUGGGAGUCGUGAAUAAAGUGAAGGAGACGGCCCGCGCUGAAGAGUCCAGUCCUAAGCUCAGUCUCGGCUCAGUGUUGCAAACCGUAGAGUUUACGCUCGGGAACGAUCACAAUUUCGCGGACAGCAAAGACGAAGAAAAGUCUGAGAGCAGCAACGCGUCGGUCUCGACCAAGAGCGAAGAGAAGAAGGAGGAAAAGGAACCUGUUGAGGUGAAACCAGCGGAAGAGGUCGCGCCGGCCGCUCCAGCUAAAGAGGACAAAAACGUGGAAACCGAGCCUAUUAUCGUCAAGCCGAGCCAAGAGAAAGCCACGCCCAACCUCAGCGCCUGGCUCAAGGCCUUCGGGACUCCCAAAAGCACUCCGCCGUCAGCCACGACCAAGAAGAAGCCCGAAGACGGCGAGGAAGACAAACAGGAACCAACGAAGGAGGAGAAUAAGAUCAGCAGUCCGAAGGCCAAGUACGACUCCCCGCCGGACGCGGAGGCGGGCGCGGAGGUGGCUCGCACUCGGCGCGCGUCCACCGGCAGCUCCGUCUCCGAGCGCUCCUCCUUCAGCCAGGACCUGGACUCCCCGCGGCACCACGUGGCCCUGUCCUCCCCCCUACUGCGCUCCCCAGCCUCCCCUCGCGACGACUUCCAGAAGAUCACCUACCCGAUCAUCAACGGAACCGUCAGAGCCGGGUUUUAUCAAGAUACGACGUCGAUCAAAAGCAGCCCCGACAAGAGUUGCAGCCCGCGCGACCCGCCGCAGUCGCCGUACUCGCCCUACUCCCCGCAUGUGUAUGCUAAUGCGUCGGCCACGCCCAACUACUUCGUGGAUCAUAACAAGAGUCCGCUGCCCACGUAUGGUCAGGCUCAGCCUCCACCAUACUACGAGGCGCGAGGGGCGGGCGUGAGGCCGCGCGUGCACGAGGACUACACGGCGCUCGGCCCGGACUCGCUCCCCGCGCCCCCCGCCCCCGCCCCGGCCCCCGUGUUCCCCGUCAAGAAGCGCACUUACAACGAGCUCGACCAAGCACCAGAAGAGAAGACCCCGGAGCCGAAGCUGACGCCGCCGCCUGAACCCAGCAAGGGCAAUUACCAGAAGAUGCAGAUGCACUCCGUGGACGAGAUCGCGGCCGCGCUGGCAGACAAGCCGGAGAACAAGGCGGGGCUCAGCAAGCCGCCCGAGUACAUGGACCGCCUCAAGGAGAGCAGAGAGCCGCCGCCAGCACCGCCUGUGUAUGACGAGCCCAAGAAGAUAGACAACACUGGCAUAAUGGACGCGAACAAGCCGAUCGGAUUGACCAAGAACGACAACGUGGACAUGGUGAACAUGGGCUACAUGAACCCGGAGCUGGAGCGGCGCGCCGAGGAGUACCGCAAGCCGCCCGCCCAGCCCGCGCCGCCCGCCCAGCCCGCGCACCCGCCCAAGGGCUACGAGAUCGACGCCAUCGCCAUGAACCUCGGCCUCAACAACCAGAACCUGCUCAAGUCGAUGCAGAAGGGCGCGAUCCCGCCCGCCCACACUCAGUCCGCUGAUUUGAACCUGGCGCAUUUACUGGCCCACGAGUACGACCAACACCAGCCGAACUACCAGCUCAACGACAUCGACGCCGUCAACAAGAAGAUGUACUCCGCGCCGUCCACGGCCCUAGACUACGGCAACUGGAAGCUUCCUGGCCAGCGCAAGGACGCCCCGUCCGACUACUCCGGCUACAGCGAGCCGCGCAAGCCCGACGCGCCGCUCAACUACAACAAGAGCGUGCCCUACCACGGCUACCCGGCCGAGCUGCGCAUCCCCAACCCGCGGCUCAAGCAGCCCGCGCCCGAGCCCGCCAAGAAGCAGGACAAGCUCAUCCAGAACCACCCGCUAGUAGGCUCCAUGCAGUACAAGCCGCCCUACACGCAGAUGCUGGACCGCUACGACGAGCGAUACUUGGGCUUCCCGCCCGCCUACGACAAGGGCUACCAGAUGGCGCAGAUGUUCGGUAAAGACGCGCCCGCGCAGUACGCGCCGCCCGCCGCGCCGCUGGGCAAGGAGUGCAAGCCCGCCGCCGCGCACUCGCACUCGGCGCACACCUCGCACGCACACUCGUCCCACACUCCGCACGCGGCACACACCUCGCACGCGUCACAUGCUGUGCACACCUCACACGCGUCACACACUCCGCAUGCUGCUCACAAGGCACAUGCGACCAGCAUGGCUCAUGCUACGAGCAUGGCUCAUGCCACGAGCAUGGCCCACGCGGCGCACACGGCCCACGCCGCCAGCAUGUCCCACGCUGCCGCCAGCAUGUCCCACGCCGCGGCCAGCAUGUCCCACGCUGCGCACUCAUCCCACGCCGCGCCCGUCGACUCUAAAGCCAAGCCGAAGCGCAAACGCACGUCGGAACCGAAGCCGACGCCCAUGAGCCUGCCGCAGGGCUACUCGGCCGCGCCCGCCGACCCGCUCGCCUCCGUCAAGACCAGCAUGGCCAGCAUGGUGGCCGGCUCCGCCUUCAACUUCGCCGCGUCGCCCAACAUGGCGCUGGGCGGCGCGCUGUACGGCGACAACAGCUUCUCCAUCGAGGACUUCCGCAACUCGACCAACCCGUUCAUCACGGCCAACUACAUGGCGGCGGCGGCGGUGGCGCAGCGCGAGGACAAGCUGGGCCGCUCGCUGCAGCGCGGGUACGGGUUCGUGGGCGAGGGGUCGCCGCUGUACCAGCAGUACCUGCAGCGGCACCAGGAGGAGCUGCUCAUGGGGCUGUACGCGCCCCCCUACCCCGCGCCCCUCGCCGCGCGCCAGCCCUACGACCGCCCCGCCUGGCUCUAGCACCUGCUGCGCCGCCACUAGCACCACCACUACUGCUAUCUAUGCGAUCAGUAGCACGGCAGGCGAAUACCCCUCACGGACAGUUUAACAGUGUUGACUACCUACAGUGACUAUUUUAUUGCGUUAGUUUCUAGUGACAUGACAAGUUUUAUAAAUGUAAUUUUAUUUUUUAUUAUUUGUGAUUUUAAUUUAAUCAUAACCUGUGAUCAGUGGAUGCGAGUAAUACUUAUUAAUUUGUUAAUUUAGUAUUGUAAUUUACUCAUUUUUACUUUCAUUAUUAUGCUGAGUUUAUUAGUGAGCGUAUACUGAUAAAUAAUCGAUUUAUCAUUAAGUGCUUAUUAUUUUAAUAUACAACAGUAAAGUCACAAUGACUAGUUAAUAAUCUAUUUUAUACAAUAUUGUUUUAUUUUAUAAUACGCCACUUGCUUUCUAAUUAUUAUUAUUUUACUGCUAUGUCAUGUUAAGUUAGAAAUAUACUUAAUUGAUGUUGUUAGUUAAAUAAAUGUUUAUGCGAAUCUGAAGUGGGCGAUCCAGUCCCAGUGGAAGUAAUGUAAUGUAUAUUUCUAUAUAAUUUGACGCCAGUAACUCGAUGUAGAUCAAUUGCUGUUAAGUUUUACUGGUCCCUGACUCUGAGGAUAGACGAAAAUAUACCUAGUUAUAUUUGGACGCGUAAGUGUAUUUAUUAUUAAUGUUUUUUUGUAAAUAAUUAUUAUCAAUGUUUUCAUGUAGUAAUUUAAUGUAACAAAUAAGCUUAAAGUAAAAUAUUUCUAUUUAAGUUAUGUUUGUAGUUGAUCUGUAGACCGUUUUAGUGUAUGUAUUGUAUAUUGAAAUCUUUAUACUCAAAAGAUAUACAAAUUAAUGUUAAAUAAGAAAGUACCGAUGGAGGUAGAUAAUACUUUAUUUCUUAUUAUUACAUACUUACAGAUUAUUUAUUGCCUUUCUUGCAAGGUUUGUUACUGAACUGUUAGAUAGGUUGACUGGUGGGGCCGACACAAUAGAAAAGUGUGACAAUAUUAUGUUGGUUUUACAUUUUUCGUGGUGUUAAGAAUACGGGGCACGUUCGCCUCGAACCAACUAAUAUGCAAAAGAGUUAUUAUAUCUCAUGUCCAUGUGUUAGGUGAGAGAUUUUAUAUAAUAGGUACAGUAAUUACGGAUAGACAAAUUGUAUUUGUAACUCGUCGUAUUCCACAAACAUAGUCCACACUAACUAGAGAUGCCCACUUUUAACCCUACGAGUCCUAAAACGACCUUUAUUCCCGGCCCUAUUGAUGUGAAAGCACCAUUGCAUUUUGAGUAUGUUCAUUCAUGUUGUUUUAGUGCAAUAAUGUAAAAUUUUACGUGUUUUCUUAGAUAGUUACCUACAGUUUCUAUAAAGUUUAGAUUUCACUGUAUGUUUAAAAAUAAUUUCACGAAAUCUGUCUUGAACUAAUGAAUAUAUUUCUUUGUAAUGGCAAAAAUGAAAAAAAAGUUUUGUAUUUUGAUACUAUAAAAGGAGCCAUUAUCUGCAUAUUUUAUUCCUUGGUUUACCUAAAAAGUACCGACAAAAAUAUUUUUUAUUGUUUUAAAUUUUACUGUCUGUCCUCUUCUAGCAGGCAAAAUAUCUUAAUUUUGACUAUAAUUUUCAAAUUAUUAAUGCAUUGUAAAUAUUUUAAUAAGUACCUAUGUAUAUUUUAAGAUAAAGUUUAAUUCAUGGAUGA